AUGCCUCCACUCUUACAGGCAUGGGAUGAAAAACUGUCUAGUCAAGCAAAAACAUCAUCCGAAACCCGUAGAACUGGAUUCUGUCAUCCAAAAAGUUCAAAAUUGUAUUCAGAUGCACAGUAUAUUGGUGCUAAUCCAAUUGUUGAACAAGCUAUGGAGGCAUGGUUCGGUCACCAUAAGUCGUAUAAUUUCAUAAACAAUCUUUACAAUUACCAGUGUAGACGCUACAUGCAGAGCAAAUCUUAA